CUUAUUAACUUGAGCCAGGGAUUAUGGGAAAAUUGGGUCAUCCUGGCAGGACAUGCUGUAAGGUAGCAUCUCAGACAUUCAGUCUCUUAGAAAUAUGAGAGUAAAUCCUGGCUGCUGCUUGUCAGAUUGAUAAGAAGAUUAGAGCCUGUAAUGUCAGACAGAGGUGACGGAGGCUGCAGACCAACUGCUACACAAAACUCUGGGUUAAAGUGAGCAUCUUGGAUCACGACCCGACAGAGGAAAGUGGCUCAUUCCCUCCUCUUUCUGUCUUUCUCGUUUUGCUAAAUGAAAAGACAUCAUCACGACGACUACACUUCGCAGAGGUGUCUCCAAAGCCAAGAGCCUGAACACAGCUAACAUAACUGCUCAAAAUGAAUCUUGAGCCCAAAGCUGAGAUCAAGUCGGCCACCCGUGUCAGCGGAGGCCCCGCCACCCCACGCAAGGGACCACCCAAGUUCAAGCAGAGGCAGACCCGCCAGUUCAAGAGCAAGCCUCCAAAGAAGGGAAUCCAGGGAUUUGGUGAUGAUAUCCCUGGAAUGGAGGGCUUAGGCACAGACAUCACCGUCAUCUGCCCCUGGGAGGCCUUCAAUCACCUGGAGCUGCACGAGUUGGCCCAGUACGGCAUCAUCUGAGCCUUCCCUCGUCUCCCUGCAGUCCUCCGAGGAUUACAGGCCACAUCCAUGCACUUCAAACCAUCUGCCUCAGGCUCCAUCUUCUAGCUUUAAAUGGAACUAUUCCAAACAAACUGCAACCUGUAACAAACACAAAAAAUGGAAAAAGUG